AUGACUGCACCGAGCCACUCUUCCACUCGGGCCCCCUCACCGUGCUACCAGGAUCCUCAGCCUCAAGAGCAGGACACGCCCUGUGAGGCUUUCCGUCAGCGCUUCAGGCAGUUCCAGUACGAAGAAGCAGACGGUCCUCGGGAAGCCUUCUGCACACUCUGGGAACUUGGCUCCCAAUGGCUGAAGCCUCAGACACGGUCUAUGGAGAAGAUCCUGGCUCUGCUCGUGUUGGAGCAGUUCCUGCAUAUUCUACCCACAGAUGCGGAGACCAGGAUGUACAUGCUCAGCCCGGAGACUAGACAAAGGCUGUUCACCCUCAUAGAAGGCCUACUGAGAGAUGACGAGAGACCGGGAGAAAGGAUCAACAUGAGUGAUAUACUCUUGGAAGAACUGGUGUCCAUGGGUAUAUUACUCACACCAUCAAACACACGUGUGACACCACCUGUACCCCAGCUAACGGAACCUGCCCAGGAGCUCCAUGAAUUCUUACUGGAAGAGCCACUGGAAAUGAACUAUUAUGGACAUGAAAAAUACCAGGACUUGUUUAACGUUGAUUAUAAACAUCUGGAACCUCCUGGAAUAGAACCUCCAGAACAGCUGUUGGCCAACUACAAGGAUCCUCAGAAAGAAGAGAAUUCCUGCCUAGAGGAGAUGCCAGGGAGCUCCGCAGAAGCACAGACUCUCAUUGAUGAGGCCUGCCAGCCGGCUGGUCCUACUGAGAAGCCUGGCCCUCGUGCUCAGUUAGGGCUCUGUUCUGCUCAUCUGAAAAGUCUCACAAGAAAGGUAGUCAAAAAUGGUCCCAGAGGUGGGACAGGAUCCUUUCGUGGUUCACUCAUUAAUGGGCACCUGUUUGUCAGCCAGGAAGAGAAUACCCAUGAUAAUGCUAUGGGCAAUAAUCCAUUUACUGACGAGGCCUCCUUUAGUGUGACACAGGCAAACUAUAUUGAUGAAGAAAGACAGCAAUGUACGCUGUGUAAGAGGGAGUUCAUGUUUAAACUGGGCCUGAGAGAAAACGUGAACCCUUUUACAAAUUCCAAAUCUCACCAAUGCGCCCUCUGUGGGAAAAUGUUUAAAGGGAAGUCACAUCUUGAUUCACACAAAGUAAUACACACCAGAAGGAGACCAUUUGUAUGUGAAUACUGUCAGAAGAGCUAUAAACACAAAUCUAGCCUGCAGAGACACUUAAAAAUUCACCCAAGCCAGGCUUCUUAG